CGCACCCAUUUCCGCGCGCGGAAAGCUCGACUCGCUCUCAGCAGCACGCGAACCUCUCGCGCUGAGACAAACUGUCUCGGAGUGUAUGAGAGAGGGAGAGAGAGAGUGAGAGAAAGAGAGAUCUGGAAACAAACCCGGUGUGUUUUAGUUUAAAAGAAGAAGAGAAGAAAAAAAAACUCUAGAGGAGAUUCUGGAGCAGGUCGAAAUAUUUCCGCAAGAAGAAGAAGAAGAAGAAGAAGAAGGAGGAGGAGGAGAAGACGGUUUGUUGUUUCUCCGUUAACACGGUUCAGAAAGCAUGUGUCCUGGUGAGUGCUCACAUAAUAGCAACAACAACAAUGACGACGAACACCCAGAUGGAUUAAACAGCAUCAGGAACUGAAGGUCGUGAGGUCCGUGUUCAGUCUUGAGGAACCUGGAACUGUAAAACACACCGCUAACUGCAGGAUGACCGCCUGAGUGACCGCACACGGAUUUUCUUUUCUUCUCCUGAGUCUUGGAGGUAUCCGUGACGACCGUCCUGACGUUCCACGUCCUUUACCGUUCCGUGUGACAUCCGAAUCUCUCCGUACGCCCGAGAGGGAGAUGAGAGCAAUGGUCCAGUAAAGAGGACCGAAGAGCAUGUGUUGUCGGACAGAAUGACUCAUUUAGGAGAAGAGAAAACUCGUGUGGUUUGCAGUGGAACCUCAUAAACCAACACACACACACACACACACACACACACACACACACACACACGCAUACAGUCUCUAUGGCCAUAUUCGCAUAGCAACCCCUUGUGCUGGACUGAGGCUGGGUUUUUGCUGCACUGUGAUUGGUCAGGAUGCCGGCGAAAGGGAAGUACCUCCUUAAUGAGCAGAAGCUGAAACAGGAAGCACUGUACAGGAAGUUCUCAUGCAUCAGCCAGUAUCAGCCUCUGGUCUUGCUGCUCGGACUGAGCGUGCUCACGUGUGCUAUCCUGCUGGUGCUGUUUUUCAGCCUGAAGCUGAAUGUGCCCAACCAUGUAGCGUUUGUGGCCGUGGUUAGCGGCGCGCUGUUUGUGUUCCUGGCCGUGUUUGUGCUGGUCUGUACCGAGGCGCUCGCUCAGAAAUGGACCACGCUGUUGGGUCUGGUGGUGUGGGCUACACACCUCACCAUGGGAUUUACUUUCAUCUAUUGCACAGAGCCCAUUUUUCCUUGGGACCAGGUGCCCUUCUUCCUCUUCAUCAUCAUCACGGUGUUCACGUUACUCCCCUUCCAGAUGUGGUACGCCGUCAUCCUCAGCAUCGUCUCCUCCCUCUCUCACAUUAUUGUCCUGUCGGUGCACUUCAAGUCUGAGCUCCCGAGGCCUAACCUCACCAGUCAGCUCGUGUCGAACGCGGUGGUGUUUGUGUGUGGGAGUGUAGUGGGAGCGUUUCAUAAGGUUCUAAUGGAGAAAGCACUCAAGCAGACUUUCCAGGACACACUGCGCUGCCUCGGCAUCCGUAUGAAACUGGAGAUCGAGAAGAGGCAGCAGGAGAAUCUGUUGCAGUCAGUUCUGCCUGUAUAUAUUUCGAUGGAGAUGAAGCUGGCCAUAAUGGAGCGCUGUAAAUGCAAAGAUAAGGAGGCACAGCAGCGGCUGGUCAAAGACAAUAACUUCCACAGUCUCUACGUCAAGAGGCACGAGAACGUCAGCAUCCUGUAUGCAGACAUUGUUGGUUUCACUCGUUUAGCCAGCGACUGUUCUCCCAAAGAGCUGGUGAUCAUGCUGAAUGAACUCUUUGGAAAAUUUGACCAGAUUGCCAAAGAGAAUGAGUGUAUGAGGAUAAAGAUCCUGGGUGAUUGUUAUUACUGUGUAUCCGGACUACCCGUCUCCUUACCGAAACACGCCAAGAACUGCGUCAAAAUGGGUUUGGACAUGUGUGAAGCAAUUAAGCGGGUUCGAGAGGCGACAGGAGUGGAUAUUAACAUGCGCGUGGGCGUGCACUCUGGAAACGUGCUCUGCGGCGUCAUCGGUCUACGCAAAUGGCAGUUUGACGUCUGGUCACAUGACGUCACCUUGGCCAAUCACAUGGAGUCUGGAGGGUUGCCUGGCCGGGUGCACAUCACCGAGGCCACUCUGAAGCAUCUGAAUAAAGCGUACGAGGUGGAGGAAGGAAACGGCCACCUCAGAGACACUUACCUGAAGGAGCUCAACAUCAAGACUUACCUGGUUAUAGACCCCCGGUCUAAGGACCCGUCCCAGUGCAGCCGUAGCAUUCCUAAGCAGCGCGUGAACGACGGUUUGAAGAUGCGAGCGUCCGUCAGAAUGACGCGCUACCUGGAGUCGUGGGGGGCCGUGAAGCCCUUCUCCCAUCUCCAGAACAGAGAGGGCUUAAUCACGGACACUAUGGUGAACAGCAAGAGCCGCUUCAAGGACAUUCCUAUGAGAUCAGCGCCAUUAAAAAUGACAGAGAGCUUUGAUGAGUCUCUUGAGGAGUCCUUGUCCUUUCCCACCCCUCCCUUCAGCGUGAAUAAGAAUAAGUCCCAGAAGACCAAGUUUGACGAGCAGCUGCACAACGAGAUGAUCACCACCAUCGAUGAGCUGAGCUCUAGCAAGCAGUGGGUGAAGUCGGAGGAGAUUUCUGGUCUCACUCUGUGGUUCACUAAGCGCGGGCUGGAGAAACAGUACAGGACUACAGAAAUGCCUAGUUUUAAGUACUACGUCAGCUGUGCCACUUUUAUCUUCCUGUGUAUCUUCAUCAUUCAGAUGUGUGUCACACAACAACCUAAGAAGCUGGGAUUGGUGUUUGCGUUGUUGGCGUGUGUGUUACUGCUGACCCUUGCCAUCUGUUUUGCCGGUCACAUUCAGAAACUGUUCCCGGAGAAGUUCGAAUCCUGCCAGUGGUUAUCGGCCGUGUCCCAAGCCGUGGUCAAGAGGCCUUUUGUGCGUCUCCCGCUAGUAACUAUCGCUACUACGGUUAUCGUCAUCAUUGCCUUGUUCAGCCUGUGUUUUAACCCUGUCGAUGUUCGGGGAAAUGAAAGCAGCAUAAACGGGUUUCGUAAUGAUCUCUUCUGCUUGCCUUAUUCGGUGUAUAGCUGUAUCCUGACAUUACUGGUGUGUGGAGUAUUUCUGAGAGUGUGCUUCGAGCUGAAGAUGGCCUUCCUCUUCAUCGCUUCAGCCAUUUAUUACAUCAUCAUCGGCUGUACUCAGAACGAUCUGUUCAAAACGUACAGCUGCUUGCUUUAUAAACUCAACAGUUGCAGUACUGAGAACUUCACAGAUUCACUGAAGAUCGGAGGACUGAUGAAAGAGCCGCAGAUUAUGAGCUGCAUCUACAUCACGCUGUUCCUGGUUACCAUGCUGCUUAUAUCACGUCAGGACGAGUUCUGCUGCCGUCAGGAGUUCCUGCUGAAGAACAAGAACCGCACGGAUAAAGACGAGAUCGAGCUGUGUGAGAAUCUGACGCGGCUGCUGCUGGAGAACGUUCUCCCGGCUCACGUGGCCGCGCUGUUCGUAGGCGAGAACAAAAAGAACGAGGACCUGUACUACAAGUCGUACGAUUGCGUGUGCGUGAUGUUCGCUUCAGUCCCUGACUUUAAGGAGUUCUACACCGAGUGCGACAUCAACAAAGAGGGACUGGAGUGUCUGCGACUGCUUAACGAGAUCAUCGCGGACUUCGACGAGUUGCUGUCUAAGCCAAAGUUCAGCGGCGUAGAGAAGAUUAAGACUAUCGGGAGCACGUACAUGGCUGCUGCAGGUCUUAGCGGGACACCUGGACAGGAGACGAAUCAGGACCGGGACCGCGAGCGGCAGCCGGCACAGAUCGGCAUCAUGGUGGAGUUCGCCAUCGCCCUGAUGGGAAAGCUGGACGGCAUCAACCGGCAUUCGUUUAACAGUUUUAGACUGCGUGUGGGAAUAAACCACGGGCCGGUAAUAGCGGGGGUGAUCGGAGCACGCAAGCCGCAAUACGACAUCUGGGGAAACACUGUGAACGUAGCCAGCCGAAUGGAGAGCACCGGAGAACUGGGCAGGAUCCAGGUGACGGAGGAGACGUCGGACGUGCUGCAGAAGUUGGGUUACUCGUGCGAUUGCCGAGGUCUGAUCAACGUGAAGGGGAAAGGCGAACUCAAAACGUUUUUCGUGUGUACAGACUCCAAUAAGCAGCAGGGAAUGGGGCUCAGCUGA